CUCAAGACUAUACCUUCUCUUCCUCAGUGAGCUGUUCUUCGAAAUCGGCCAUCUUGGCUCAUGAGACAAACCUCUUCUGAUCCGCGACUGACUGCAGCGGACGGUGAGGAAGCGGAUCUUGACAGUGCCACUGGCACAUGAUUCCUCUGUUUACAGCCAUCCGUUAAAAACAUGGAGGACGCGACCAGCAGUAAUCCUCAAUCUCUUGGAUUUACAGAUAAAUUAAAAUCAUGGUUGUCCUGGUCAUGGACAUACAUAUGUGCCGUUUGGUUUGCUAUGGUUUUAACUAUGAUCUAUGUUCUGCGAAGCCCCUUGAAACUGCAGGACACUCUUACCUCAGCAUCUGUGUUCUUGAAUACACUGACCCCUAAAUUCUAUGUUGCACUCACUGGAACAUCCUCUCUCAUCUCUGGCCUAAUCUUGAUAUUUGAGUGGUGGUACUUCCGUAAGUAUGGAACCUCAUUCAUCGAGCAGGUGUCUGUUAGCCAUCUGCGACCCCUCCUAGGUGGGGUGGAGAGCAGCUCAACCACUGGCCUGUUCUCCUCAGUCAAUGGAGAGGCUGAGCCCAGACCCAGUGUCUCAGAGUGUAAAGUUUGGAGGAAUCCAUUAAAUCUAUUCAGAGGAGCAGAAUACAGCAGGUACACCUGGGUGACUGGAAAGGAGCCUUUGACGUACUACGAUAUGAACCUGUCUGCUCAAGACCACCAGACUUUCUUCACUGGUGACACUCAGCAAAUCAAGGCUGAAGAUACUGUGAUGCAGAAGGCCUGGAGGGAGAGGAAUCCCCAAGCCAGGAUAAGAGCAGCUUAUCAGGCCAUAGAGAUGAACCACGAGUGUGCUGCUGCCUAUGUGCUACUGGCAGAGGAGGAAGCCACUACCAUCACAGAGGCUGAGAGGCUGUUUAAACAAGCCCUGCGAAGUGCUGGCAAAGACAUCAACUUGCUGGUAUACAUCAAACGCAGACUGGCCAUGUGUGCACGCAAGCUGGGACGCAUCAAGGAGGCAGUGAAAAUGAUGAGAGAUUUAAUGAAAGAAUUCCCACUGUUGGGAAUGUUGAAUAUACAUGAAAACCUCCUGGAGGCACUACUGGAGCUGCAGGCCUACGCUGAUGUACAAGCAGUCCUCGCCAAAUACGACGAUAUCAGCUUGCCAAAGUCAGCCACUAUAUGCUACACAUCUGCACUGCUGAAAGCACGGGCUGUAUCAGAGAAGUUUUCUCCUGAGGCAGCAUCCCGGCGGGGCCUGAGCACUGCAGAGAUGAACGCUGUGGAGGCUAUACACAGAGCCGUGGAGUUUAACCCACAUGUGCCAAAGUAUUUAUUAGAGAUGAAGAGUCUGAUCCUGCCUCCAGAACAUAUCCUGAAGAGGGGGGACAGCGAGGCGGUGGCCUACGCCUUUUUUCACCUGCAGCAUUGGAAGAGGGCCGAGGGAGCCUUAAACCUGCUCCACUGCACCUGGGAAGGCACUUUUCGGAUAAUUCCCUACCCUCUAGAGAAGGGUCACCUGUUUUACCCCUACCCUGGGUGCACAGAAACAGCAGAUCGGGAACUGCUGCCCUCCUUCCAUGAGGUGUCUGUGUACCCGAAGAAAGAGCUUCCCUUCUUCAUCCUCUUCACAGCAGGCCUUUGCUCCUUCACUGCCAUGCUGGCCAUGCUCACACACCAGUUCCCUGAGCUCAUGGGUGUCUUUGUCAAAGCAUUCUUCAGCACCCUCUUCACACCCCUGGGUUUCUUCGCAGACAAGAUGGAGAGCUUCAUGCCAUCCAGUUUCUGGCAUCAGCUGACUCGAAUCUGACCCCAUCUCACACACGUACACAUACACACCCCUCAGACACCAACACUCCAAAACUACAGACAGAAAUGUUUGCUCUCCUGUCUUCAGCGUGCACACACACUUGUUGUUUUGGUACUGAUUAUGUUGGCCAAGUCUUGUAUCAACAUCCAGAUGCAACUCAGAGAUGCAACUGCUAAGAAGCCAGGUUUUUAAAGUAAACAUUUACCAGAUAUUCACGCAGUUAUUCGUUUAUUAUUAUUAUAGGAACUUGAAGUUAUGUUGAGUUACACAGAACGGUAAAUAGAAAGUAUUUCAGCCUACAUUUUACUUCCAAGUCCCACCUCUAAAUUACGUCAAUCUCUCAUACACUUCUGAAUUAAGUGCUGAAACAAUAAAUGUAUUAUUAGGUCAUGUUUCAUUAUUGUGAAGGCUAACACUACAGUUCAUGGAAGUAGUAUCCCUCUGUUCUAGUUAGGGUUGCAAAAUUUCAGGAACCUUUGAUAAAUUUCCUGAUUUUCCUGAGAUCCUGGUUGUAAGAAUUCCAGAUUUCCUCCUGAUUCCUCUACUGAUUCUGGGAAUCCUCCAACUGGGAUUUUGGGAAAAACAUGGAAUUUAUUGAAAGUUCGCGAAAUUUUGCCACCCUGGUUCUAGUGUUGCUAUUCAUAAUAUCUUGCCAAAUGUAUUGUCUGUUAGCUGGUGCAGCAGGAGACAGAUGGAUAUCUAUAGAAAAGCAUAGUAGAAGGACUGUUUUCCAUGAUCGCAUGUCUGAACAGACACAUUAAUGUUCACUAGAAUAAGGUAGAGCCAUGUAUUUAGAGAGUUGGGACAUUGUGGUUUCUGCUUUAUGAUGCAUUUACUUGAGACAACAAUACAUGGCAGCCAAUAUAAUUUUAAAAAAUCUAAAUACAUGGCUCUGGAAUAAGGUAUGUGUGUCAUGCCAGUUCAGAUGAGUUGAAACAAAGCAUAGCCUUUAUGGUACAUAGUCAUCCUAUGGGGCAGAGUUUAAGUUUGUGAGACCUUCUAAAAACAGAUCCUUGAUUUACUGCUUCACUCUGUAGUGUAUACAAUGCCUGCAGUGUUUUGCCAGUUGUUGCCACAGCAUGCCACCUCCGCGCUAUAUCACUGGCAACCUGUGCCCCCUCAAACGUAGCAUAAACAUGUAAGUGGGAUUAUGACCGGUUACGGCAUGGGUAGUCAUGGCAUCACUCACAGCCAAUCACAUAACUGAAUGCUGCGUUUCCAGGUCCUCUAUGAGUUGUAGUCAACUCGUAUUGCUCAGGUGUAAUCAGCCAAUCACAACAGGCCGCUUUGUUUGAAUCACUGUGUGGUUUCACCGUAGCCUCAACAGCAAAUACUCUGAACCGUGAUCUAAGACUAGUCAAUAGCCUACAGUAUAUAUUGUGGCAGGACUCGAUAUUUGAUCAUGAAUAGCACAAAGGGCCUUUUGUACCUCAUUGGCUCAACAGACAGAUUGGAUUUAAGCAGCUUGACGAAAUUAAAAGCUAUUUCUCACAAUACUCCCAGAUAUGUAUUGUAUUGAUGAACCAAUGUUUCGGCACACAGUGGUUUCAGAACCUGCUCAUUCAUUUGCUAAUUCCUUCAACUAUUUUAUGUAUUUUAUCAUACUUAAACCCAAUUAUGAGUAAAGAUGGCAGCAAGAGCUGACUGUUUAUUGGUUGCUGGUAGUGCAUUGCAUCCAGGGCCGGACUAAUGCAUUUUGGGCCUCGGGGCCCCAAAAAAUAUAUAUUUUGGGAGGAGAAUACAGCUAACUUUCUGCAUUUCAACAUGUGCAGUUUUAUAAUGCAAUUCUACACAUUUUGUCACGUGCCCGUUUGGUAAUCCCGCCCUGUUUGCAUAAUGUGAUAUUUGUGCACUGUGCUUGAACAGCACUUAUAAUUGGUAUGCUACUUUCAUUCAAUGUAUGUGUCAGAGCCAUCAACACUCCUACCUGGUAAUACUGUACACUAUCUGGGUGUAAUUACUGUACACUAUUUUAAUUCCAUACUGUUGGAUUAUAUUUGGGAUAGUCCAGAAUAACAAGAUGAAAUGCUGAAGACAGAAGUCCUAUUUGAAUUUACUACCAUAUGAGUUAGAUAGCUCACAAUAAAUUGGUUCUUGAAUGUAAAUCUAAUGCGUUUGUGUUUGAAUUUUUGUUGUACUUUGUGAACAAAUAAAUCUAAAAAACAGA